GAACCGUUUCCUGUGUCAAAAUAUCUUGCUAGCCGAAACCUCAACUAUUGUGUGGUAAUGAACAUAAUGAUCUUUUUUUAUGACACUAUAUCACUAAUAUUGCGGACAAGAGUUUCGAAUUUGAAGACAAAAUGGAUGGUGAAGAGAAGACCUACGGUGGCUGUGAAGGCCCAGAUGCCAUGUAUGUGAAGCUGAUCUCUUCUGAUGGCCAUGAGUUUAUAGUGAAGAGGGAACACGCCUUGACUUCAGGGACCAUCAAAGCCAUGUUGAGUGGACCGGGUCAGUUUGCAGAGAAUGAAACCAACGAAGUGAACUUCAGAGAGAUCCCUUCCCAUGUCUUGUCCAAGGUGUGCAUGUACUUCACCUACAAGGUCCGCUACACCAACAGUUCCACAGAAAUCCCAGAGUUCCCCAUCGCCCCGGAGAUUGCCCUGGAACUACUCAUGGCUGCAAACUUCUUGGAUUGUUAAAAACUUCAAAAGAAAUGUAGCAGAGUGAAACAUUUUUCUUUGACUAUUUAACUUGUUUGCCAUGUUGCUUCAGAUAUAAAACAAAAGUGAAUGAUGAUGAGUAAGUUAUGUCAGUAUGCUGUGUAAAAUGUUUUUUUUUGCACCAGGCUUUGUACACAUUCUGGUAGUAAAGACUUGAAUCUUAAUCUAAUAAACUGAUAUGGCUGCUCCAGAAUGUGACAAAGUGGCUACCCCCCCGUUGUACACAAUCAUUCCUUUUACCUUCCUGUAACAAUAAAGCUCCCCUGAGUGUUUUGGUGCCGAAUGGCUCCCUUUAA